AUGACUGACUGUACUUUCUGUCUGCUGGGGUUUCAGCUUCAGAGACAAAAUGGCUUCCAGAUCAGGGAGGAUCUCUGCUGUCCGGUCUGUCAGGAGGUCUUCAGAGAUCCUGUUGUUCUGUCAUGUAGCCACAGCUUCUGUAAAGUCUGUCUGAAGAGCUGGUGGAGACAGAAACAAGCACCCGAGUGUCCAGUUUGUAACAGAAGAUCUUCAAAGGAUGAUCCACCUCGUAACCUGGUGUUAAAGAAGCUGUGUGAGGCCUUCUUACAGGAGAGAGAUCAGAGAGCUUCAGAGGCUCUCUGCAGUCUGCACUCUGAGAAACUCAAACUCUUCUGUCUGGACCAUCAGCAGCCAGUGUGUGUCGUCUGCAGAGAUUCAGAAAAACACAGCAACCACAGAUUCAGACCCGUCGAUGAAGCUGCACGACAACACAAGAAGGAACUUCAGGAAACUCUGGAGCCCUUAAAGGAGAAGUUAAAGGUUUGUGAACAAGUUAAAGAGGAGUUUGAUCAAACAGCAGAACACAUGAAGGUCCAGGCCCGACACACAGAGAGGCAGAUUAAGGAGCAGUUUAAGAAGCUUCAGCAGUUUCUAGAGGAGGAAAAGGAGGCCAGGAUGGCUGCACUGAGGGAGGAAGAGGAGCAGAAGAGUCAGAUGAUGAAGGAGAAGAUGGAGGCUCUGAGCAGAGAGAUAGCAGCUCUUUCAGACACAGUCAGAGCCACAGAGGAGGAGCUGAGAGCUGAAGACGUCUCAUUCCUGCUCAACUACAAGGCUGCAGUGGAAAGAGUCCAGCAGCGCCCCCUGCUGGAUGAUCCACAGCUGCCCUCAGGAGCUCUGAUAGACCAGGCCAAACACCUGGGCAACCUGACCUUCAACAUCUGGAACAAGAUGAAGGACAUGGUCUCCUACACUCCUCUCAUUCUGGACCCAAACACUGCUGGUCCAAGACUCAUCCUGUCUGAAGAUCUGACCAGUGUGAGACUCGGAGAGAGUCAGCAGCUUCCUGACAAUCCAGAGAGGAUUGAUAAACUCUGCUCUGUCCUGGGCUCUGAAGGCUUUAACUCAGGGACUCACAGCUGGGAUGUCGAGGUUGGAGACAGUACAGUCUGGUUUCUGGGUGUGUCAGCAGAGUCUGUCCAGAGGAAGGGAGACAACAUAGAGUCUGGAUUAUGGGGAAUCUGGUUCUAUGAAGGUGAAUACUUUGCAUGGUCACCAUCAGCUCCACCCACUGAUCUCAGAGUUCAGAAGAAGCCCCAGAGGAUCAGAGUGAAUCUGGACUGGAACAGAGGAAAGCUGUCGUUCUCUGAUCCUGAUACUAACACACACAUACACACCUUCACACACACUUUCACUGAGAGGAUGUUUCCAUAUAUUGAAACUUUGGAUGAGUUGAAGCUGUCAGCAGUGAAGGUCUGUGUGACAGUGGAACAGAGCAGUUAGAGAUAAAGAGGAUGAUUAUAUUCAUGAUGUAUUAUUAUUACUUUAUAUAUUAAAUAUCAUCCAGUCGCAAUGACAACUGUGAAAUCCUAACAAACAGUGAUUAGCUCAGUUGGUAGAGUUAGCUUACUUAGGUUACGUGUUUGAUCUGCACACCGGUCGACUAUAUUUUCUUUCCCUCUUUAACAAUUUAAUUAUGAAGACACUUUCACAUGCUCACUAUAAAGCAUGUGCCGCAGUGUGAGCGUUACAGCGUUUGAUCCGCAUCCAUCAACCUAAGGACGCUUGUUUUAACAAAGUGGAGAGGAGCCUUGACCCUCACCUGACUAUGCCUUUGUAAAUCUGCUUGUAUUAUGUGGUUUAUACUGGACUGUGGUGCAGAAACAGUGACAAAGUUAAACAUACUUGGUUUACAUUUUCCUGUUAUCUGUCAGUGGUCAUACUUUUACUCAUCCAAUACUAGAUGUGAUAGUUUUUGAGAUGUUCUUUGCUUUAGUCCAGAUGAGCCAUUAGUGAUGCUCAAACAUUAAUGCAUCAUUAAUUAUAAUCUAGUGAUAAACUAUAUUAUUCUGUAAUGGGAGUUCUGUAUAAAAAAAAGACUAUAACUUUUGAUCCUGGUGCAGGACAACAACACAGUGGAAGAACAAUUCACUACACUGACGUAACUUACUACAAUCUAACUCUGUCAUACUAAAGUGUGGCAACAAACUAACUACUACUAACCGUUUUGUCAUCUUUCAGUACAUUUAGCUGUGCUCACAUAGCUGAAAACACUGGUGAUCUCAAAAGAUACACAAACAUCAGUAGCUGAAAAGCAUGCAGGCGAGCUAUCAUUAUUAUUAUCAUGUAACGGGCAUGGAUUAGUCUCCAGGUGAGUCGGUCUCUGUGUGUUGGAUUUUGCUCCCUCGUGAGUUUGAGUGCUGCUCUGUGUAAAUCACUGCCGGCUCUUUCAAAAGGCCAGUCAUCUGAUGUCUGGGAUCUUUUUAAUACUACCAACUGCUAUUUUCCUCUGAAAAAGGUCCAACACUCUCCUGGCGUUUUGUUUCCUGGCGUCGUUUCAUGCCGUCAUUAGCUUCUCACCACAUUUGACUCAUUAAAUCAAAUAGUACUUUUGUCUUUCUGAGGUUUUGAAUCUGCUGCCUUCUUUCUUCCUCAGGUUUGUGACAGUCUACCAUAACAUGAUCCACCCUUUCUUGUUGCCCACAGCUGCCUGACUUAUGUUUGCCUGUUUUGAAUAAAGUGCUGUUUAGUCCAGUGUGUCCAGAUCUAAGUCUUCAUUGUCUCGUCUCUCCUGUUCCUUCCUUUCCUCUCUUCCUCCUGAUGUUUUCGCCACCUUUCCUUCAUGCUCUCUUUUAUAACGCUCUUGAUUUCUGUCUUUCUGAAGCAAACUACAUCAGUGUACUCACUUUUUGUGGCCUCCUCUGCAGACCUAUCUGCCAUUUCAUGUCCUUUGAUACCCAUAAAGACCUGACUGUGAGACCCAUCAUCUGAACUCUGCAUAAUGUUUGUUGUACUUUCUGUCUGAAUGACUGCUCUGUAAACUGGCUGCUGAUGAACUUGAGUCUGAACAAAUGAUCUCAGUGGUGUUAUUUCCUUUAUCCACUGCUCUGCUAAUAAACUUGUGAGCAUUA